AUCACGUGAUAUCUACAAGCCCCGCCCCCUCUUGAGGUGAGAGCACUUCCGCCAAGAUGGUCGUCGGCGCCUUCCCCAUCGCCAAGCUCCUCUACCUCGGAGUGAAGCAGAUGAGCAAGCCCAUAGCGAACCGGAUAAAAGCGGGAGCCCGGAGCAGCGACUUCUUCCGAAGCUACGUCUGUCUGCCGCCGGCACAGCUUUACCACUGGGUCGAGAUGAGAACAAAGAUGCGUAUCAUGGGCUUCCGGGGGUCCACCAUAAAGCCGCUGAACGAGGAGGCGGCGGCGGAGCUGGGGGCCGAGCUGCUGGGAGAGACGGUGGUCUUCCUGGUGGGCGGCGGGUGCAUGGUGCUGGAGUACAGCAGGCAGGCGGCCAACUCGCGCCGCAAGGAAGAGGAGCUCAGCGAGACCCUCAGUGGCCUCCAGACUCAAAUAGCAGAGCUGACCUUCACCACAGAGACGCUGAGCGCUCAGCUGCGAGAAGUCAACAGGCAACUGCUCUCCUUCCCCACGCCCACUAAAAAGUGAUCUGGACAUCUUCUCGCCACACUUAAAGCCCGAUGUGAUGGCGGCCACUCCACUCACGGAAUAUUCUGUUUUCUUUUGGAGGAAACAUGGCUGCGUUUUGUAUUGAAGUCACAUGUGGAGUGACCACGUAGAACUGCUGUGAUGUUCAUGGUGUGUUCAGGGUCUCCAUGUUGUUGAGGGUCUCCAUGUUGCAUGCUCAUUACAAGAUGGACUCUGUAACGCCUUCCAAAGUAAUAUAUUUGAUAACAGCGUUAA